AUGGAUGGAGAUCUUAAGAAUGCAGCUCGCAUUCUUUUCUCUAGUGAUACCCUCGCACCUUUUGAUAAUAAAACGCUAGAAGCCUUACGUGAAAAGCAUCCCUUACCGAAUCCGGCGUCCUUGCUCCCAAGUCCACCUAUUUUCAAUAAUGUUUUACAGGUUAAAGAUGAAGACACCUAUGCUGCAAUUAUGUCGUUCACAAGUGGCUCUGCUAGCGGCAUAGACGGCAUCACACCACAACAUCUUAAAGAUCUUGUGAAGAAACGGAACUUUAAAAGUCAUAAGACUCUGGCCUUAAAUAAUGUGACCCUGAAAGCAACGUCGCCCGGUGAAGGAAGCCCGGGUAUGUUAAAUCUACCCGUGCCCGCCGACAUGCCGCCCGCGACAAACACGCAGCCCUGGGGAGCCCUGGGCCAGCAACCAAUAAAAACGGAACCGGUCGAAGAGGGAAACUUUUCCAAAGAACAAGCCAGCGGUUUCUAUUCAGAAGGUUUCCACAGUGCUUCGCCUUCAUGUUCAAGUAAGGAUUCAAACGAGAAUUCGCCAAACAUUGCAAACGAUCUACUGAGUUCUGUGAACUAUUAUGAUACUAUGUCUCUUAAAGCCAAAGCUAAUCUAGAUAUACAUUUAAAGUCGUAUCGCAACAACCUACCUUACAACUUACUAACACAUCCUAGAUUUGAGAGCAAAGGUGGUGAAGAAUUUGAUCGAUCUGCAUAUACUUCAUGUUCACCACGUGCUCUGGUACCACCAGCCCACGUUUCGACGCCUAUAGCCCGCGCAGACGUUUCAUCGCCAAAAUCAUCUCCUAGGACUCCAGCUUCCCCCGACGCUGAUCAAAAGCGAGUCUUUGAACGAUUUGAUGAUUCAGGUUUAGAUGCAAACCAAACAAAAGCCGACGGUGAUGGGGGAAGUGGUGAAGACGGAUCUGGUCUAGAUGAAGAAUUUGAUGAUGAGCCAGGCCUACGUGUGCCCGCUGUUAAUUCUCACGGUAAAGUAAAGACAUUUCGCUGUAAGCAGUGUGAAUUCGUUGCUGUCACAAAACUUAGUUUCUGGGAACAUUCAAGAGCCCACAUCAAACCCGAAAAAAUGCUCUCGUGUAGGAAGUGUCCUUUUGUAACUGAAUACAAGCACCAUCUCGAAUAUCAUAUGAGGAACCAUUUGGGAUCUAAACCCUUUCAGUGUUCUCAGUGUUCCUACUCGUGCGUUAAUAAAUCGAUGUUGAACUCUCACCUAAAGUCACAUUCCAACGUAUACCAGUACCGUUGUGCCGAUUGUAAUUAUGCCACAAAGUACUGUCACUCGCUAAAACUGCACUUACGCAAAUAUAAACACAAUCCAGCUAUGGUAUUAAACAUGGACGGUACUCCGAACCCCCUGCCAAUAAUUGACGUCUACGGUACUCGCCGAGGACCGAAACAGAAAUCCGUUUCAAAAGUAUAUGAUGAACAAAUGAUGGCCAAUAAUAACAAGCUACAAGCGCCGCCGACUUCUCACGCCCUCUUUGGAAAUCAUUUCCCUGUAAAUAUCCCAUAUUUACCUCCACUUUUACCACAUACGUUCUUGUUUCCACCGAAUAAUAAUUAUGAAAAUAGAGCAACGGAAGAAACACCAAAAACUAUUGAACAUCAUCCGAAUCCCAUACCACAGUCGAUAUUACAAACCCGCCUCUCCUGUGGGGAAACUAACUUAAAUGCAACACCACCUCUAAAAUCGCCUAACAGCUUUCCUCAUUCACCAAUUGCUCCGCUCAGCACAACUCCACCAAUAACGAACGACGCUUUGGACUUAAGAAAUAAUAAAACGAAUGAAGCAUGCUCGCCUCCACCCAAUGAGCGACCGGAACCUGUCACUCCGACAACAGCUUCGAAGAGUCGUAGGAAAGGUAAAGCCUUUAAGUUACAGCCAGCAGAAUUAAAACUACAACAUGAAAAUUCCAAAACAGAAGUGGAUAAGUUUGACGGAGAGUCGGAGGCGUCACCUGAAUCCCCUACCUCAUCCACCAGCACUUCAUACCAUUGCCAAUACUGCGAUAUAACGUUCGGAGACCUAACUAUGCACACAAUCCAUAUGGGUUUUCAUGGGUACAAGGACGCAUUUAUGUGUAACAAGUGUGGGGAGAGAAGCGCUGAUCGGGUAGCAUUCUUUAUUCAUCUCGGUCGCGUCCAACACUCAUAA